AUUAAAAUAUGGAUAAUUUAGUAAUAAAAUAAAAAAAUUUAUUAAAAAAACGAUUUUAAUACGAAAAAAAAUAUUAAGAAUUAUUCUAAAUAAAAAAUUACAUUGGAACAGUUUCGAUUUUAAUCCUAAACGUUAAGAACCAAAACAAUACUUAUUCCUUUAUUUAACCAAGUAAUAUUUAAAUGAUAUUGUUGAGUGAAAAGAGAAAAACCAUUCAAUAUUGUUGAGUUGAAUGGGAAAAGUAAUUCCAAAUGAAAAAAGUGAUGAAAAUCCAAGCAAGUGAAUUUCAGAACUUAUACUGAAAGGAGAGUUUUGUAUCAAAUCCCUUGGACUGCAAUAAUAAUAAUUAGGUUUAACAAACGAUUGUAUUGUAGAAAUGUUUCUAAGUGGAUCAAAUCUAAUUGGAAAAGUAACCCAAAGUUUCUGCCACCUUAUUUAUUAGGCUUCCUAUAUAUAGAUAUCAGAGAUUUUAACUUGAGAGACAGAAAAGAUGAAUAGAUUAGCAAAGUAAAGAAUGUGAUUGGAGGCUUGGAGCAUUGUUUUGGGGUUUGAUUGAUUGAGAUUUGUGAGACAGAAGAGAAGAUGAGUGAGCAACAGCCACAGGAAGUUACUACAUUGCUCAUGAGGCGCUGCAAGGUUGUUUGGCGCCUUCUCCUUCUCUUCAAUUUCGCCCUUGGAGCUUAUAUAUUCGCCGGAGUGCAAUUGCGAGAGUUGAAGGAGAAUCGUGGAAGGAAAUCACAUAGAUUGCACAAGGGUAGAGCAAGUUCUGAAGUCCCUCGGGAUCCUAUCACAGCUUCAGUGGAUUGGAAUUACGACGAUCUGCUGAUCCCUGCCACGACGCCUGUGGCAGCGCGCAAUCCUCUCCUUGAGGAACAACAACGUGAAGUGCUCCUGUGGAUGCUGCAAGAGAAAAGAAAAAUGAAACCUAAGGACCGGGCAGAGAAGAAACAAAUCGAUGAGGAAAAGGCCAUUCUCAAAAGGUUCCUGCGUGCAAAGUCCAUACCAAAGUUUUAGUGUUUCAAGGCCAGUUCUAUUACAUGACCAUACUAACAAACUAGCAUUUUAUAAACUCUGGUUUGUUUUUGGCAAUCAAGUACAUUUUAUGGCAUUGCUCUUCCAAUAACUUUUAUGUUUGGUGAUGACUCAUGCCUUGUAUAAUUACCUACCACCCUCAGCAUUUGGGUGUUAUGUAGAUUCAUUGUUUACCCCAUUGAAUGAACACAUACACACACCUUGUGAUUGGUUAUAAAAUUAAUUUAAAAGGAAAAAUAAACGAUCAAGAUCCUCCCCUUUUCAAAUGAACAGGAAAAGAUCAUGAUCACAUCUUUC